CCGCUCCGCGGUUACCGUGGGCAAGUCCGGUAGCAACUCUGGCGCAUACAGCGACACCGAUGAUUUUGGAAGGUCACUAUUCGAUGUAUAGUGAUAGACCCGAUACUCCAAAGGAUCUUCCAAUGCUACCUGACGGAAUCUUCCUAUCGACAAAUCUCACGGCCCCUCCAGAGGUCCAGGAUGAAUUUCAAGACCUCAGAGGGCCGGACUCCAAGCAAGAAUACGGCUAUCUAGGUAGCGAAAAACAUGUUAUUCUCGGUUUGGACGAAGUGGUGCGUCUUGUGGAUGUCGUUGCUGAGGAGCUAGGCCAGAGAGGAUUAACAACCCCCCUUUUAUUCUCCCCUUUGGCGAUUGAUAUCCGCCCCAAUGUUGUCAAGAAAUUGAUCUCUACUUUCAUUGCCACUUGCCCGCACCAUCUAGUGCUGUCGUCGACGGAAGCACGUUGGCGCGAGGAGGCAACUUUUGCUGGGCCUCAUGAAUUGGGAAUGCUCCUACGAUGGGGACUCGCUCGUAUCGUCCGUCUCGAGAAAGGGAUAGAAAUGCGGGGUUUCAUCAAUUGGGAGAGUUAUAUUCUCUGGAGACAACAGGAGCAAG